AUGCCCACGACCAGCUCCACCUCCUCCUGCAACCAGCGCCACCUCCGCCCUGACCCGCUCCUCCCGCUGACUGUGACCCACGCUUCCGUACUACCCGUGGCGCCCGUGACCCGCUGUUUACUGAUCACGCAAUCGCUCUUGCAAGCCCUCUUCCCUCCCUUCCCUCCCUCCUUUCCUCUCCCCACUUCCCACCCUCCUCCUGUGGCUGCUCUCUCUCCCUCUUUCCUCCACCCUCACCAUCAACUCCAUCACCCUCACUCCUUAUUCUUCCUCCUCCUGCCGAUGUUUUCCCCUUCACAUCACCUCAUCGACAUCAACUCCCUCCUCUCCCUCUACCGCGAAUUCCAAGCUCUCUCCCUUGACUCCUCUCCCAAUGCUGCCACAUUUACUCGUCGCCUUACUGAUACUGCUCGCCGCCUCACUGAUCGCGGCAUCACCAUCACUGAUUCCCUUCUCAUGGCUCGCAUCCUCGAUGGACUUCCUCCCGCCUACACCACUUACAAGAUUGCCUUCAUCACCACCCGCCCCGAGACUCCCUCCUCCUCCGACAUCAUCACUUGGCUACUUGACGCGGAAGCAGAUCUCCUCCACACCUCUCUCUCUACUGUUGCGCUUGCUCGUGGAGGAAGUGGCGGUCGUGGUGGCUUCAGUGGUGGCUAUGGGGGAGGGCGCGCUACCGGACAAAGCAGUUUUCCGGGACGCAGCGGUGGUCGCUUUGGUUCUCGCCCCCCUGGAAGUGGUGGUCGAGGUGGUGGUCGUGGUGGCGCUGCUGGAACCGGCACCCUCCCUCCGUGCCAGUACCUCAUUCGUUACGGCUCUCUCCAAGGACAACACUGCCUCCAGACGACCCACGCCACCGCCACCUGCUUCAAGGCUCCAAGUGACGAAUGGUUUGAACGGUGUAACACUGGUACUCCCCCUCGCUGGCACCUCCUGCACCCCCUCCUCACCCCUCAUGACAUUCGCACCUCCCCCACCUACCACCCCCCUUCAUCCUCCAACCCUCAGGUACUCCCCCCCUCUACCCCUCCCCAUGCUCCCCCCCAGGCUCAUCACCUGCUGCAUUCCCCAACUCCCUCACCCUCCCCCUCCGGCUUUUACCCCCCUCCAUCUCCACCUCCAGGUUUCCCCCCGCCCCCCUGGUCUCCCACCCCAUACCCCCCCUACCCGUUUUACACCCCUCAGGUUCCCCCCCCCGUCUGUACCCUCGACUGCCCCGCCUCCGGACACUGA